AAGUCGUCGAGGCGAAGUAAACAUGGCGGCUGCUCGCAAGACCCCAGAACUUGGCGGAUAUGAUUACGAAUUCACGGUCCAAGUUCGUGAUAACUGUGAAUGUCUUGUGUGUCAAUUACCAAUGAAAGAUCCAGUUCAGAUUGUAGGAUGUGGACACAGACUUUGCUUCAUCUGCAUGGAAUCACUCUUGCGAAGCCCUUCACCGUUGUGCCCAGCGGACAGGAAGCCAUUGUCACGUGACAGGAUAUUUCCAGAUUCUGCCUUUCAUCGCGAAAUUCUGAAUCUGACCGUGAAGUGUCUGCAUUCUAGAUGUUCAUGGACUGGAGAGUUGCUUGCUGCAGAGAAACAUUUUGAUGUUUGCCAAAAGUUUCCAGUUCAGUGCACCAAUUCCACCAGACAAGGUCAUUGA